AUGGGGAAUGUAUGCGGAUCCAAGCCGGGACCUAAUUCCACAAUUCACGGCAGUAGCAGCAACUUCCCUCAGAAAGAGGUUGUUGAAGGAGGCUUCGCUCGAGCCAACUUCAUCGUAGACAACAGAGGCACGCUAACGGACUUCUACGACCUUGAAGGGAAGAAGCUGGGUCAAGGCUCAUACGGCUCGGUGUCCAAGGCAACCAAUAAAUCUACGGCAGCGGUUCGUGCAGUUAAGACGAUAUCAAAGUCUCAUGUGAAGAAUAUUGAUCGAUUCAAGCAAGAGAUAGCGAUUAUGAAGAUGCUUGAUCAUCCCAAUAUUAUAAAACUGUUCGAGACAUUUGAGGAUCAUCGUAACAUUUAUCUCGUCAUGGAACUCUGCACGGGAGGCGAGCUUUUCGAUCGGAUUAUUGAAGUUGGGCAUUUCACUGAAGUCCAGGCGGCUAUCGUCAUGCAACAGAUCCUCCGAGCGAUAUACUACAUGCAUGAGAACCAUAUAAUGCACCGUGAUUUGAAACCGGAGAACUUUCUCUUCUCCACAAAAGAGCCGCUUGAGAAGUCCUGUUUGAAACUCAUCGACUUCGGCCUUAGCACGAAGUUUGGCAAAGAUGAUACCAUGACGACCAAGGCUGGCACUCCUUACUACGUUGCCCCGCAAGUACUCGGUGGGAAGUAUAAUGAGGCAUGUGACCUCUGGAGCUGCGGCGUUAUAAUGUACAUUCUCCUGUGUGGUUACCCUCCCUUCUAUGGCGAGACUGAUGCUGACGUUCUCACUAAAGUGCGGCUGGGGAACUACACGUUCAACGCUGCUGAUUGGAAGGGAGUAUCUGAAGAUGCCAAGGACCUUAUUCGGAAGCUGUUGAAGAUCAAUCCUAAAGAUCGUUAUACUGCCGAGCAAGCUUUGAACCACAUAUGGGUACGCAACAAGGCUCCUAAGGCCCAGGGAAUGCCAUUGGAAGGGGCGCAAAUAGAGAACUUGAAGUCCUUCCGCAGUCAGAAUAAACUCAAGAAGGCUGCGUUGCACAUCAUUGCUCAGCAGCUACCAGACGAAGAGAUUGAGCAGCUGAGGCAGAUAUUCAUCUCCAUCGACAAGAACGGUGAUGGGCAGCUCACUGUGCACGAAAUCGUGGAGGGCAUAAAUCACGCUGACCUCAAAGAAUUUCCGGAUAAUUUGACGGAGAUCAUGAAUCAAGUGGAUGCUGAUGGCUCUGGCGUCAUCGACUACACCGAGUUCAUAGCGGCUACACUUGAUCGCAAGAAGUAUAUCCAAGAAGAUCGCCUGUGGGCAGCAUUCAGAGUUUUUGACAUCGAUGGAGACGGAAAGAUCACUCGGAAGGAGCUCAGUCAAGUCCUUCAUAAUGGAGCUGUCAGUGACAUAGUCGAAGGGCACCUGGAUGAAAUCCUGAAUGAGGUCGAUGCUGACGGUGAUGGUGAAAUUGAUUUCGAGGAGUUCGUCACAAUGAUGAGAAGACAAUGA